AGCUUGAGUAGCUUUUACAAUUAAAUCUUUCCUAAUCCAAUUCAAAUAGCCUCACUGAGAAACUGUGCAACGCUGUACUCACUAGCUUAAAAUUGACACGCUUGUAUGCUCCUCUCCUCCAUCCUAAGGCGGAAACCUCCUCUCGCGGCCUCCUUCCGGAAAUUUAGUACAUCAGCCAAAAUGUCAUUGAAGGCUCUCUCCUCCAAAGAUGCCGCCUCUCUGGACAAGGAUCUCAUGGAGACCGGCGGGUUCUCUCUAGAUCAACUCAUGGAGCUUGCGGGGUUAUCAGUCUCUCAAGCAGUAUACCGCAUCCAUCCCCCGAGCGCAGGAAAGAACAUUCUCGUCAUUUGCGGUCCCGGGAAUAAUGGCGGCGACGGCCUCGUAGCCGCGCGCCACCUCGCGCACUUCGGCUACAACCCAACAAUCUACUACCCCAAGGAAGGGAAAAACGAGCUCUACCAGCGCCUCAAAACCCAACUCCGCAACCUCUCCAUCCCGAUCCUGAACGACACGCACGACCUGCCGGAAGCCAUCAAAACCUCGCACCUGCUGGUGGACGCGAUCUUCGGAUUCAGCUUCGGGGGGCCGCUGCGCGACCCGUUCCCGGAAAUCAUCAGCCAGAUGGAAGCGGCGACGAUCCCGGUGCUGAGCGUGGACGCGCCCAGCUCGUGGGACAUCGAGAGCGGACCGCCGCGGGACGGACCGGGGGCGAAGUUCAUGCCGGAGGCGUUGAUCAGUCUGACGGCGCCGAAGCCGUGCGUGAAGUUCUACCGCGGGAGGCAUUUUGUGGGCGGGAGGUUUCUGACGCGGGGGAUUGCGGAGAAGUAUGGGUUGGAUGUGCCAGAUUAUCAGGAGGUGGAUCAGGUGUUGGAGGUUGGGGUGGAUGCGGAGGGGAGGUUGUAGAUUGAGGAGGGGGAUUGUGUUUUGAGUAUCGAUGAGACAGAGGGGGGGGUAAGUUGUAUAGUAUAGUACAAGGGAGGGUGUGUGCCCUGGAUUUAAGGGUCGUGGGAUGGAAAUGAAUCCACAAGCGGGUUGAAAGUGCUAUUCAUAUUCCAUAGGAUGGACAGUCGGACCUUAUGUAACCCUCCCUAGUGAAUGGACUUGACGGUUACUUAGUCAAUAGUUAAUUUCAUGCAGGU